ACCUAUUAAAGUGUUUUACAUGUAAAACAAAAUAAAACCAAAGAACAAUAAAUGCAUAAUGAAAAAAAGACAUAAAAUAAUAUUAAACUGUAGUAGGAAAAACUGUUUAAUGUGUUUGUUUGUUUUGUUGUUGUUGUUUUUUAAAAAGAUAACUGUAAACAUGAAUACCAAAUUAAAUGCAAGUUUAAAAAGAUAUGUUUUAUGUAAAUCUUUAAAAGCAGCUAAUGAAUCUAAUUCAUAAAUGCCAAACGUGCAAAUGCCUGCAUCUCGUCUCUUCAAACUUCUGGUAUGCAACACAAUUUUGGUGCACUUCCGCUUUGGGGAGCAUUCCAUGUGCAUUUAAAAAUGAUUUUUGAAAAUUAAUAGAGACAAAUAUAUCUAUCUUGAACUAAGAAAUCUUACAUUUAGAAUCUUAUAAUGACAUAUCUAAAAGUGAAAUAGAUAUCUCUUAAAUAACUUAAAGAGAGGUCUUGAUGUUAAAAAGAUAUCUCUCAAAGUCAAAGGGAUAUCUCUUUAAGUGAAAGAGAUAUCCCUCAAACUAAGAAAGAUAUCUUACUUUAAUUAACUUUAGAACGGCUUGCCACAUGAUUUUCGCGUUAUCACCCUACCAAAAAAAAAAAAAAAAAAGGCUAAAAAAUCCGUUUGUCUGGAAUGAAACUUCGCCAAACAAAUAAUACAUCACACAGUGCUACAAUGCUACGAGCAUAGUCUUUGAGUAUCAAGUAGAAGCGGGGGUGGGACCAGACUAUAUAUAGUUAGUCUUCAAGAAAAAAGGGCCAUCUUGAAUAUUCAUAAUUUAGAUACUGGUUACAUUCAUUAGAAAAAAGUAACUUUGAUUUUGACACUUAUUUAUAUGCUAGCCAUAGAAUAUGAAUAUGAACAGAUGUUAGUUUAACCUUAACAAUUUCCCAUUUUAAUACAACCCCCUAAGCACAAGAUCUCGAAGGGGAAGUUGAAAUAACGUCAUCCAGACCAUGUGACAGUGUGUUGUGGUUGGAACAUAAACAGGGAAAGUUGAAGAAGUGUAUGCUGAAUUUAACGAGACUGUCAACAGCUGGCAAGAAGCUCUUUUAGGAAAUAAAUAAAUUUUGCAAAUAUAAUGUCAUCCCAAGGCUCGCCACAACAGCUAUUUUCAGGCCGGGAUAUUCCUAGAAGAGUGGUUUUAAACGAUAUAGCUCAACUACCUCAUGAUUACAGUACAACACCAGGAGGGUCCAUUUUCUCGACGACACCUGGAGGCACGAAGAUAUUUUAUGAAAGGUCAUUUUUACUUCAAUGUCGAAACUCACCAUUGACAAAAAGUCCCCCUCCCAACAUGGCCAAGAUCCCUGGGGUCACAGUUCCGGGGAGAGUGGACGCCCCCAAGGAGAAUGGGACGGAAGUCAUCAAUGAUGAAAAUCAAAAGAAGAAAGAUGGCCACGAGGAGCAGCCUCAGUUUGAGAUGGACAUCUAGGUGCACACUACCCAUAAUGCCUUUCAGUUUUCAAUAGGACUGUACUUUUAUUUUUCAGAGGAAGUUAUUGUAAAAACCUAUAGCGACUAAGUCAUAUUUCGUAAUGGACAUGUUUAUAUAGCAUUAUUUUCGAGUCAGUACCUCCUAUGUAUUUUUAAUUACGUUGUAGUUUUUUACGAGACAGAAAAUCCAGACUUCCCAGCUGUAUAAACUAUUAUGUGUAUUCAUUGCAUGUUUUCAGUCUAUUGUCGUUGAGGUUUUUUUGGGUGCUACUAAGCAAUGUUUUCAGAUUACAAACUGUAAUUUGGUGCAAAGUAGAAAAACAGCCAAAGAGAUUACACUGUGUGAAGAUUUUUUUUUUUGUAUUCUCUAAAAAUUUGGCUGGAUUAUGUUCAUGUCAUAAUGCAGUACUUGUAUGUACAUGUACUUUAUUUUAUAUUCGUAAUUUUGCAAAAAACUUUGUACAGUUCUUUUGUAUGUUUGUUUAGGUUGAACUUUGAACAUCUUGUUAACUGCUUUGUAAUGUAGUUAAUAUGUUAAACAUGUUACUGUACAAUUGCGGGUUUCAUGAGAAUGAUCCGUCCUUGAAAUUAAAGAAUUUUGGAUAUUUUCCUCGACUUUAAACUUCCUGUAUUGUCUGAAAACUCUAAUGAGUAACAUUUUGAUUCUAAUGUGAAAGAAGAUCUCAAGAGAUAGGGGUGGAAACUAUCCAAAAUUAGGCAAACUGAUGGAAUAUUUCAUGUAUUUCUGUGUAUAUGUAAUUAAUGAAUUUAAGAAUGGAAUUACGAGAAAUUGUUUCGAAGGAUUUAUUUUCAAUUGUGAAAUCAGAAAGCCAGUGUAUUGAUCUGUUAAUGUUUCAGUUGUAUGUUUUGAUAGUGACACAUUUUCAGCUUGAUCUCUUCAUCCCAAUUGUUUUUGGACUUGAAGAUGCUGUAGGACUUUCAAGUUUAAAAAACUCUGACAGUUUUUGUUACAGGAUAUUUUGUGACUAAUGCUUGCAUUUUUUGGUGCAUAUUUUGUUGGAUUUUGUCUGUACCUCAUGACAGACUAGCUGAUUGUGAAGAUCUGGGUAACAUUCCAUGCUAAGCGAUGAUGUCUUUGAAUGUAAAAAAAAAAAUGAGAUAGGGCAGCAGUAUUCCAGGGGUCGUGUCCAAGCUUUCGUGGAUUAUGCAGGAGUUACAGUUUUCCUCUGUAAACAAAAGUCAGUAUCAAAUUUGUCGUUAUUAAAAAUUUUGGAAAAUGUU